AGAGGAGCAGCACACUCUUCGGCCCAGCCCAACUCGCAGAGCAGGGCUCAUUGCACCUCCCUCAACUGUCUCCUCCGCCCCCAGUGCCCUCCCCCUUCUCCUCCCACUCUCCUCCUCCUCCAGCUGCCACAACCACUUCCAGACCUUUCCAGUUCAGACCCACCGGGCUGCCCUCCCCAGCGCUCUCCCCUUGCUGCUGGGGCCAUAGGGCAGCGCAGCCCCUCAGCCUCCCCUCAACAAAUGCUAAGCAUAGAUUUGUCAUGUGUUUCCUUUGAGAUUCAACAUGUUGAAAGCUCUUUUCUUAACAAUGCUGACUCUGGCGCUGGUCAAGUCACAGGACACUGAAGAAACCAUCACUUACACGCAAUGCACAGAUGGAUAUGAGUGGGAUCCCGUAAGACAGCAAUGCAAAGAUAUUGAUGAAUGUGACAUUGUCCCAGACGCUUGCAAAGGUGGAAUGAAAUGUGUCAACCACUAUGGAGGAUAUCUCUGCCUUCCUAAAACAGCCCAGAUUAUUGUCAAUAAUGAACAACCUCAGCAAGAGAUACCAGCAGCCGAAACCGCGGGUGCAGCUGCAAAUGCAGCUGCGACCUCCAGUGCAGCUUCUGGGAGUGUAGCUGCCAGUGGCAUGGCAGCAAGUGGAGUGAUGCCUGGGGGUGGUUUUGUUGUCAGCGCUGCUGCAGUGGCAGGCCCUGAAGUGCAAACUGGUCGAAAUGUUGUCAGCCGGAGGAACCCAGCAGACCCUCAGCGCAUUCUCCCCAACCCUUCUCAUCAGAUCCAGUGUGCAACAGGCUAUGAACCGAGUGAGCAUAAUGUAUGCCAAGACAUAGAUGAGUGCACUGCAGGGACACACACCUGUAGACCUGACCAAGUGUGCAUCAAUUUACGAGGUGCCUUCACCUGUCAGUGCCCUCCUGGUUAUCAGAAGAGAGGAGAGCAGUGUGUAGAUAUAGAUGAAUGCACAGUGCCUCCAUAUUGCCACCAAAGAUGUGUGAACACACCGGGAUCAUUUUAUUGCCAGUGCAGCCCUGGGUUUCAGUUAGCAGCAAACAACUAUACCUGCGUAGACAUAAAUGAAUGUGAUGCCAGUAAUCAGUGUGCUCAGCAAUGCUACAACAUUCUUGGUUCAUUCAUCUGUCAGUGUAAUCAAGGAUAUGAACUAAGCAGUGACAGGCUCAAUUGUGAAGACAUUGAUGAGUGUAGAACUUCAAGCUACCUGUGUCAAUAUCAAUGUGUGAAUGAACCUGGGAAGUUCUCAUGCAUGUGCCCCCAGGGAUACCAAGUGGUAAGAAGUAGAACAUGUCAGGAUAUAAACGAAUGUGAGACUACAAAUGAAUGCCGGGAAGAUGAAAUGUGUUGGAAUUACCAUGGUGGUUUUCGUUGUUAUCCACGAAAUCCUUGUCAAGAUCCCUACGUUCUAACAUCAGAAAACCGUUGUGUUUGCCCCGUCUCAAAUGCAGUGUGCCGAGAACUUCCCCAGUCGAUAGUCUACAAAUAUAUGAGCAUUCGGUCUGACAGGACUGUACCAUCAGACAUCUUUCAGAUACAAGCCACAACUAUUUAUGCCAACACUAUCAAUACAUUUCGGAUUAAAUCUGGAAAUGAAAAUGGAGAAUUCUACCUAAGACAAACAAGUCCUAUAAGUGCAAUGCUUGUGCUGGUGAAGUCGCUAUCAGGACCGAGAGAAUACAUCGUGGACCUAGAGAUGCUAACAGUCAACAGUUUAGGAACCUAUCGCACAAGCUCAGUGUUAAGAUUAACAAUAAUAGUGGGACCGUUUUCAUUUUAGAAUUUUGAAAGCCCACAAUAGACAUAUAAACUAGCCAAAGAAUUUCAUUACCUUAAAGCACUAUUUUAUUUAUAGACUUACCUAGUACAUCUAUAUCUAUAUGCUGCACACUCACCAGUAAUUCAAGCAGUUACACCAUGAUAUUAAAGUGGGCAUUUAACCUGUAAAGAUUCAAAGUUUAUCUUUAUAGCUGUACAUAAACUAGACAUUAAUUCACUAAAUUGGUCUUUGCCAAGAGAGCUAAGUAUACUUUAUCCAGUGAAACUUGGAUCCUUUUCUGUAAAAGUGGAGCUGAACAAUGUUAUCUUUUGUGAUGUUCAUGGAAACUUACUACAGCUCACUAAGUCUCACAAGGAGGCAGCCAUAAUGACAUUGAGUAGCAUGCAAGUUCUAGAAAGAAUUUUUAAUAGCUUUGUAAGAAAAUGAAAAAGUCAAUAAAGAUAUAUUUCUUUAUAAAAUGAGAA